AUUGUCUUUUUCUCAAUACACUUUCUGUUCUGUUCAACACAAUUCAAUCAAACACCGAGACGACCACCAUCCCAUUGUUACUCCAUAAUUUGGGAAGGUUGCAGCUUCCUGCAUCGCUUCAUAUCCUCAUCUUUCUCCUUGAAGAUUGUUUUCUGGAGAAUUUGAGAUUUCGAAUUCACUAAGUAAUGGAUCAAUUGCAGGUUUUCAUUCGAUACCCUAAUCUUCAAAUCCCAAAUCGUGCCCUAACCCUAAAUUCCAACCAAACAUGGGCCGAUCUUAAGAAAUCCCUGCUUUCGUCCUUUAAUUCUUCGUCAUCAAAAUCUGCGUUUGUAUUCCUUUCAUUGAAUGGAAAAAUUCUAGAAGAUUCCUCAUUUAUCGCAUCUUCUGAAAUCCGCCCUUUUUCAACUAUUAACCUUCACUUUAAACUACGAGGCGGUGGAGGCGAUGGCGGCGCUACUGGUGCUGAAUCUAGAGAUUGCUACCUUAACAUGUACGCCGAGAAAAAGCCCGAUAAAGUUGACCCGAAUGAGAAGCGGAUAUCCAAAUGGACUACUUGUGCCCUUUCUUUCGAACCCUUGAAGCCGCCGUGCGUGAUUGAUCGUCUUGGAAACUUAUUCAACAAGGAAGCCAUUGUUAAAGCUCUCCUGGCCAAGAGUUUGCCUAAACCCUUUUCGCUUUAUAUCAAGGGUUUGAAGGAUUUGAUUCCUAUUCGUUUGGAUUCAUCCGAUUCCGGAUUUCAGUGCCCAAUUUCUGGGUUCGAAUUCAAUGGGAAGUACAAAUUUUUCGCCUUAAUCAAAUGUGGGCAUGUUUUGAGUGCCAAGGCCAUCAAGGAGGUUAAAUCUUCUGCCUGUCUUGUAUGUCAUCAAGAGUUUGAAGAAAGUGAUAAGAUUCCCAUCAACGGUACUGAUGAGGAGGUUGAAAUUCUAAGAGAAAGGAUGAUUCAGUUGAAGGAGCAACAGAAGGCUACUGCUGGUAAGGUGAAGAAGUCUAAAUCCAAACAACCCAAUGAUGCUUUGGAUUCAGGUUCGGAUCAUAAAUUGAUUGGCAAAAAGCAUGUUAUUGAUGGUGGUAGUAUUACUAAGCCCAAGCUGAACCCUAAUCUUCCUAAUGCUGCUCCAAAUUCAAAAGGUCCUCCAGUUAAGAGAUUUAAAGCUGUUGAUAUUGCACCCCCUAAUGCUAAUAAGGAAAUUUAUGCUUCAAUUUUUACUUCUUCCAAGAAAUCUGAUUUUAAAGAGACCUAUUCUUGUAGAUCAUUGCCUUUAGGUCGAAAUUAGUUUCUUUUUGCUCUUUAUGAUGUAACUGAUUGCAAAUUUGUGUCUCAAGACUUUGUUAUGUUCAUUUGUAUGCAAUGUGAUUUGGGUUCAAAAGUUUGCUUGCU